UAUGUCGGUCUAACCCUAUCGAGUUGAAUCAUAAGUUCUUCUGAAGCCCUCCAAGAUUCUUUACUGGUUCUUCAAUUUUCGACGAUCAGGUUUGGGAAUCUCCAUUGAAUCUCGAUAGGAAGAUCGUAUUCCCACCAUCAGCGAACCAGAUUUCUCAGUUUGAAGAAGAAUGGAGGAACAGUUUAUACUGAGAGUGCCACCUUCUGUUGCCCAGCAUAUAGAUCGUCUCUUAAGUGAGAGCGCAUCUUCUUCAGAAGACAAGUCACUGGAUUUGUCUUUCUCUGAUGAUGGGAGGAGUGGCACAUUCGUCAUAGGUGAUGAGCAUUUUCCUGCAUCCCUCCUGGAUCUUCCUUGCAUCGUGGAGUCUUAUAAGACUUACGAUGACAGUGUUCUGAUCAAAACUGCAGAUGUUGGCCAAAUGAUUAUGGUUAGAGAUAAGGGUGAUCCUGCUCCAGAUGUGGUGGAGCACCGUCAUGGUCUUACCCCUCCAAUGAGAGAUGCUCGAAGGCGAAUAUUUCGCAGGGAGCCUGAUUUAAAUCCUGAACUUGUUCGGCGAGUAGAGAAAGAUCUGCUGAACAUCAUGAAUGGUGGAACAGCUGAAAAUGUUGAUAUGGAAAUGGCCGAGCAAGAGGAAGUUGGCGAUGAGAUUGGUCGCAAUGCUGGGAAGAAAGCUGUAGCUGCACCCGUGGCGAAGCCUGAUGUUUCCGAGGCUGGAACAAAUGCUGGGGGGCCUGAGAGAAGCGAUACUGAUGAGUCUGAUGAUUCAAUGUAACUUGUCUUGGUAGAAACUUUUUAGGUAAAUUUUCUUUUGCUCACACUUUGUGCUUUACAUAAUCAACUGCUAUACCAUUUGUGGUAGAGAACAAUUAUUUGCACAUCUCAUCAGCAAGAUUUCAGCUUCUAUAUUAGAAUAUACUGUGCUCGUUUGGU